AUGUUGACACGCACGAGUACCGUAUGCGACCGUGUGUACCACGUGGGGCUGAGGCAUGGCCACACGGGAGAUACCACCGCAUUGGUGCCUGACAUGGAUGAGGAGCAGUUCUACUCCGGCUCAGCUGACAAGUCCCUGAAGAUUUGGGAUGUUGCGUCUCGGAGGUGCAUGGAGACCUUGCUGGGCCAUGUGGGUCCUGUGACCUCCAUGGACCUUCUCAACAAGGGGCGGCCGCUGAGCGGCGGAGCUGACAAGACCGUCCGCUUCUGGAAGGUCGACAAGGGCACGCACCUGAUGUUCGCGAGGCACACCUACUCGGUAGAUGCCGUCUGCGUGGCAGACCAGGAUCGCUUUGUGUCUGGUGGACAGGAUGGAAGGAUCAUGCUGUGGUCAAGCGCUUCAAAGAAGCCUUUGGCCAGCGUGAGUUCUCAAGGAGAGGGCAAGUGGGUUGCUGCUCUUUCGGCCAUCAAGCAGGGCAACGUCUUCUUCUCUGGGUCCGUGGACGGCACGCUGCGGUGCUGGCGCUUUAGCCGCGAGGAGGAAAGGAAAGGCCUUCAGCUGACCGAAGCUGCGGAGUCCAUAUCUGCACCUGGGUGCAUCAACCACAUCGCUGUGGGGAAGCGCUUCCUCGCUUGUGCGGUGGGCAAGGAACACAAGUUUGGGAGAUGGUUCUACGACAAGAAGGAGAAGAACGGAGUCCUGUUAGUGCCGCUCUCCUACAAAGAGGGCUGA